CUGUGUCACGCUUCUGGAAGUUGGAGGAAAGUAUGAACCCUAAAAUAAUCCUCAGCCUUUUGGGCUUUAAGGUGGUGAGUUUUCUCGGUGAAGGGAGUUACGGCAAGGUUUAUCUAGCCUCAUCAGAAAGGUACCUGAAUAAUGUGGCCAUUAAAGUAAUGGACCGCAGUAAGAUGUCACCUACAGCUGAGAAAUUUUUGACCCGAGAGCUUGAAAUAAUCAAGUACCUGGACCACCCUUACAUUGUGCAGGUUAAUGAAGUGCAUGAGACACCCCAAGGACUUAUAUUUAUUGUGAUGGAGGCUGCCAUGAUGGAUCUUAGGCAAAUGAUUGUGGAGUUGAACUAUUUCCCUGUUGACCUGGCUAAGGCAGUGUUUUCCCAGCUUGUGAGUGCCGUGGUCUAUCUUCAUGAGCAGGAUAUUGUUCACAGAGACCUAAAGAGUGAAAACAUUCUCCUGACGCCAGAUGGCACGAUCAAAGUGACAGACUUUGGUUUUGGCCGGAUGUCAAGAGGCUUCCCUGAGUUAUGUACCUCGCUUUGUGGCACCCCUAACUACUGUGCACCUGAGGUGCUCUGUGGGAAGUCCUAUGACGGCAAAAAGAGUGACGUGUGGAGCCUGGGAGUCAUUCUGUACACCAUGGUCACUGGAGAGUUGCCCUUCAACUACGAGAACAUUCUAUAUCUUCAGAAAAAAACAUUGCAGUAUUCAAUCCCUGUGGAGAAGUCCUGUCGCGAUUUUAUUUCGUACAUGCUGCAGUACGAUCCGUUUACUCGACCCUCUGUGACAGAGGUUGCACAGCACCCCUGGCUACAGUUAAAAUCUGCCACUGCAACCACAGCUUCUAAGAGUGAUAGAGAAGUGUCUCUUAAGGACAUCGACUCAGUCAAGUUAGAAAAAGAUGAUUCCUGGUCAUCUGGCACUACGAUGCACUCUAUUAGCAGAAUCGUCAGCCCAGUCCAACCAAGAGAGGAUGAUUCCUGGUCAUCUGGCACUACGAUGCACUCUAUCACCAGAGUCGUCAGCCCAGUCCAACCAAGAGGGGAUGAUUCCUGGUCAUCUAGCACUACGAUGCACUCUAUCACCAGAAUCGUCAGCCCAGUCCAACCAAGAGAGGAUGAUUCCUGGUCAUCUGGCUCAUCGAUGGACUCUAUCAACAGAAUCGUCAGCCCAGUCCAGCCAAGAGAGGAUGAUUCCUGGUCAUCUGGCUCAUCGAUGGACUCUAUCAACAGAAUCGCCAGCCCAGUCCAACCAAGAGAGGUUGAUUCCUGGUCAUCUGGCUCAUUGAUGGACUCUAUCAGCAAAAUCAUCAGCCCAGUCCAACCAAGAGGGGAUGAUUCCUGGUCAUCUAGCACUACGAUGCACUCUAUCACCAGAAUCGUCAGCCCAGUCCAACCAAGAGAGGAUGAUUCCUGGUCAUCUGGCUCAUCGAUGGACUCUAUCAACAGAAUCGUCAGCCCAGUCCAGCCAAGAGAGGAUGAUUCCUGGUCAUCUGGCUCAUCGAUGGACUCUAUCAACAGAAUCGCCAGCCCAGUCCAACCAAGAGAGGAUGAUUCCUGGUCAUCUGGCACUACGAUGCACUCUAUCAACAGAAUCGUCAGCCCAGUCCAGCCAAGAGAGGAUGAUUCCUGGUCAUCUGGCUCAUCGAUGGACUCUAUCAACAGAAUCGCCAGCCCAGUCCAACCAAGAGAGGAUGAUUCCUGGUCAUCUGGCUCAUCGAUGGACUCUAUCAACAGAAUCGUCAGCCCAGUCCAGCCAAGAGAGGAUGAUUCCUGGUCAUCUGGCUCAUCGAUGCACUCUAUCACCAGAAUCGUCAGCCCAGUCCAACCAAGAGGGGAUGAUUCCUGGUCAUCUAGCACUACGAUGCACUCUAUCACCAGAAUCGUCAGCCCAGUCCAACCAAGAGAGGAUGAUUCCUGGUCAUCUGGCUCAUCGAUGGACUCUAUCAGCAAAAUCAUCAGCCCAGUCCAACCAAGAGGGGAUGAUUCCUGGUCAUCUAGCACUACGAUGCACUCUAUCACCAGAAUCGUCAGCCCAGUCCAGCCAAGAGAGGAUGAUUCCUGGUCAUCUGGCUCAUCGAUGGACUCUUUCAGCAGAAUCGUCAGCCCAGUCCAGCCAAGAGAGGAUGAUUCCUGGUCAUCUGGCUCAUCGAUGGACUCUGUCAGCAGAAUCGUCAGCCCAGUACACCCAAGAAAAGAUGAUUCCUGGUCAUCUGGCACUACGAUGCACUCUAUCACCAGAAUCGUCAGCCCAGUCCAACCAAGAGAGGAUGAUUCCUGGUCAUCUGGCACUACGAUGCACUCUAUCAGAGUCGAAGCAGCUGCAAAUCUAACUUGCCCAAGUGUAGAGGAGGUUGAGGAAGAGGAGGAGUUUGGCUGCUUUGGUCCACAUUCUACUAGACUCAAAGGAGCAGCUAAGGCUUUGGCUAAAGCUGUAGCACCAGUACUUAAAGCCUCCCGAUCACUUCAAGGAAGGAUUAAGAAGUUCUUCAGAAGAAGAAGAUGAGGAGAAAGAAGAAGACGAUUACUGAGAAAGAAGAAGAUGAGGAAUGAGACAGAAAAAGACGAGGACUGAGAAAGAAGAAGAUGGAGAUGAGAAAGAAUAGGACAAUAGGACAAUGCAGCCUCAGGAAAAGGGUCAAAGGGAUUGAAACUUAAAAAUAAAUGAUAAAAACAAGCAAACAAUGUAAGAUUUUAUUACAAAAAAAUAAAAUAAUUCAAAAUAAAAGGAUAUGCAAACAGGCUAAAAUGUACAGCAAUAAAACAAAGAGAUAAAUACAUAGACAAAUAAAAUAUAGACACAGGUAAAAAGAUAGGACUAAAAUAACCACAAUUAUAAAAAUGUAAAUGAUAAUAAAUAAAUCAAUAAUAAUAAAAAGUAAAAAAUAUAUAAAUCAUAAAAGGAAGACAAUGAAUUAAAUAAAAAUGUAAAAGGCCAAAAGUAAAGGCAGUAAUGAAAUGAAUAAAAUAAAAGAGCUAAAUGGUAAAACACAAAAUUAGAUAAAUAAAAAAACAAAAUAAUUAAAAUGAAUUACAAGGUAAAAGAAAACCUGAACUAAAAGAGUUACAGGCUGUCUGUAGGUGGUUAGAUAUUAAAAGUUUAGAAUGAUUGAGUAACACCAGCGAGCUGAGUUUUAGGGUUUCCUGUAGUGAAUUCCAGCUUGCUGGUGCUGCUCUGUAGCUAAAAGCAGAUUUUCCCAGUUCAGUAAAAACUCUAGCAACCUGACAGGUGAUCCAGUCAGUAGAACAGAUCUGAUAAUUACUGAAAUCAUGGAUGAGAUAUAAGAUGGCAUAUGGCCGGAGAGCGAGUUAUAAAUAUAUAUAAGUCAGUGUGUUUCCCGUUGAGCUGCUAGUGAGGACCAGCCUUUUGGUACAGUCUGCAGUGGUGAGUAGUGUAAGGGUCACCAGUAAUGAACCUUAGAGCAGAAUGAUAGACUGAAUCCAGAGGUUUCAGGGCACUGGCGAAUGCCUGCCUAUAAAUUACAUCUCCGUAGUCCAAUACUGACAGUAAAGUCGCUUCUACCACUCUUUUUCAAGCAAACAUAAGAUUUACUACGAUAAAGAAAAUUAUUUAUAUGAGUUUUAAAUGAGAGUUUUUCAUCCAGCCAGAUGCCAAGAUACUUAUACUCUGUGACUCGCUCAAUGUUGGAUCCUGUCAGGGUUCUAAUAGUCAAGGUAUUAAAAUUAAUAUUUGGAGAUCUGGAAAACCGCAUAAACUUAGUUUUCUUAGCAUUUAAAACUAAUUUAUGAUUGUAUAAAGCAUAUAAAUAAAAUAAAACUGGACCCAGGA